CCGGGCCCGGGGCUCCAUCAUGGAGUUCCCUUUCGACCUGGCCCCGGUGCUGGGCGAGCGCUUUUGCGUGGUGGAUCAGCACCUGCGGCCCGCGGGGCGCGGCGGCACCGCCAAACGGGAGGAGCUGGAGCAGCAGCUGAGGACGGUGAUCGAUGAGCUGGGCAAGGCCUCGGCCAAGGCCCAGGGCCUCUCCACCCCCGUGACCAGCGCGGCCCGAAUGGAGAGCAACCGGCAUGUGCUCUACAUCCUGAGGGACACCCGGUCCCCCAAAGGCGCCGUGCUCGGGUUCCUCAAGGUCGGCUACAAGAAGCUUUUCCUGCUGGACCGGGACGGGUCCCACGUGGAGGUGGAGCCGCUCUGCGUCCUGGAUUUUUACAUCCACGAGUCCCAGCAGCGCCGGGGGCUGGGCAUGGAGCUCUUCCGGGAGAUGCUGCAGCGGGAGAGGGUGCAGCCGGAGAAAUUGGCCGUGGACCGACCCUCGGAGAAGCUCCUGGGCUUCCUCAGGAAACAUUUCGGGCUCUGCAACCUCAUCCCACAGGUGAACAAUUUCGUCAUCUUUGAGGGGUUCUUCUCCACCAGAAGCGCCCCCGCCCGGCGCCCGUUCCCGCGGCCGCGGCCGGAGGAGCCGAUCAAACCGUACUCGCUGACCGAGCGCGACUUCCUGCGGGAGGAGCCGGAGCCCCCCUGGCCCUUCAACCUUUCCCGGGGGUCUCCGGUCCGGGGCAGCCUCCGGCCGUUCCUGCUGCGCCGGGACCCCCCCGGAGCCGCGAGCCCCCCGGAGCCGCCCCCGCGGCCGGAGCCGCCCCCGCGCCGCGCCAG